AGGAAAGAAAAAAUGAUCCAAUUAUUCAAAAUUAGAAAGCAACAGAGAAGCAUGCAACAACAAAAAUUGAAGUUGAUGCGUGCAAACUUCUAAAAAAAUGAAGAAACUGGUUAUCUUGUGUAUGUGGUUAUUUUCACUUAUUUCAGCACAGAGACCAGAUUUUUAUUCCUACGGAAAUACUACAGGAGACAAAGAGUUAACAAAGACGAGAGCUUUAUUAAAACUGAGCAAACCAAUGCUAUUAUUCUCGAAACUAAGCAGUGAUGUAUACGUACAAGAAGAGGGAAUAAUAUCAAUUGGGAAAUAUGUGACUGCCAGAUCACUAGCUUCCGACACAACUGUUUUGGCGGCCUACCACACUGCCGUGAACAAAACUGCCGGUGGUAGAAUAUACUACAGGGAAAGCUUCCAUCAAUAUGAUCUUAAUAACGCAAGUUUUGACAUCAAACAAAGCACAAAUCUUUCAGUGAAUAUCCAGCAUGCGAUUAUUGUUACGUAUUUAAACAUAUCAACAAAAGUCAACAGUUCUCUGCGUCUGACAUAUCAAGUGAUUCUCGCGACAGAUGAGCAAAAGACGUACGUCAUACUUAAAUACAGACAGCUAGCCGUCGAUGGUGCCACUGUCGGAGUGUCAGAACCAUUUUGCAGCUGGCAAGAAUUUGUGGAUCCACACAGAAGCAAAUCAUUGCAAAUGAAAACAAAUGGCUAUACCAAUGGGCAGCAUGUUUUUUUGCUGACGAAACGUUUGAUUCUGCCUGUCUUCUACCCGUUUGGUCUAGAAAACGGAGAUAGAAUGUAUGAUGAUAAUGAAUAUGACGACUCUUCGGCACGCCUUAAUUUAAAUAAAACAAUCCUGUUUUUCUCAAAUCCAGUUUCUACGCUUUAUAUCAGUAUAAACGGUUUCAUUACAUCAAGUUAUAAAGCAAGUAACUUCAUAUACGUUCGUCUAAGAACGACUAGGUACCAUGUUUUGUCUCCAUACAACACUGAUCUUAUCCUACGUGGCUGUUCCUCCAAUCGUAUUUAUUAUCGCGAAACAUUUAACAAGACUUUGCUUGACAGAGCUUCUGCAGAAGUUAGAAGAACUUUCCAGAACACGUUUAAUGCCACGCACGCUGUUAUAGUCACGUACGAUAAUGUUGCGGAGUAUAGUAAUCCGAGGAAUUUCCACUCGUUCCAGGUCAUCCUUAUAUCAGAUGGAAACAUAUCAUUCUCAAUUUUUAAUUAUAAAGAUGCCCCAGAAGUGGGGAAAAAAACAUAUGUUGGCUUCUCCGAAUUACCUUGUCAAGCGCAGGAGAUUCCUUUUGAUUGGAUGAAAGAAUGGCUAUCUUUGUAUAAUCAAAGUAAUUUCCCAGGAGGUUACGUCAUGUCUUUAACUUCUUCAGAUUGCAGAAUUACAGACAAAGGGUUGUAUCCUUAUGGUCCUGCACAUGGAGAUACAUAUUUACGAUCUAAAUAUGUAAGAUUAUAUUAUGCAUCAUAUAUACCAUUCUUUUCAAAGAAGAUCAAAUAUUUAUAUAUACACGAAAAUGGAGUAAUAUCUGACAAGCAAUGGAAUAGUAAAUACUUAUCAUUCAAAGCAACUGUUUUUGCUGCCUAUAAAGUACAAGUCAACACUAGUGAUGGUGGCAGCGUGUUUUACCGUAAAAGUUUUGACAAGGAUUUGAUGCAGAAAGCAAGUGAGACCAUACGCAAAACCUUUAAUGUCAGUUUCACUGGCAAACAUGCCCUCGUCGUAACGUAUAUUGAUGUUCCAUCCGCAGUGAAUAUCACCAGUGCUCAAACUUUUCAAGUUACUUUAAUCACAGAUAACAAGAAGCUGUUUGCAAUUGUAAAGUAUGUUAGAUUGGAUGACAAUGGCGCUUUGGUUGGAUAUUCUGAGCCUUUCACUCACUUAUACGAAGCAGUAAAGCCACACAAUAGCCAGUCUUUAUUAUCUACUUCGAACUGUAACAAAACUGGAGAAUAUGUGUUUUCUUUAACCAAGAAAAUUAAUUUUCCAGGAUUAUAUCCCUAUGGCCUAAGGUAUUCUGACAAAAGGCUAGCAUUGAUUAAUGGGUAUAAUGCCAAACUUCAUUUGAGACGUCCGAUGAUGUUCUUAUCAAAUCAUGCUCAAGAUCUGUUUAUUAAUUUGCACGGUUACGUAUCAGCCAAUAAUCCCUUAGAAGACAGAAUCACAAUGAAUAACGCCACUGAACCUUUUACCAGCUUUGUCGCCAUAUACAACAUGGAGUUUUUAGCCAGUAAAACCAGCGUGGUGUACUAUCGGGAAACUUACAAUAAAUAUUGGCUUCAAAAAGCGUCUCGAGAAGUAAACACUUUUUUAUCAACAAACUUCAAAGCAACCCAGGGUGUUGUUAUAACGUAUGAAAACGCUGUUCCUUACAAUAGUAGGAAGCAAAGACUUACCUUUCAAGCAGUUUUCGUUUCGGAUGAUAAUAACUCAUAUGUUAUUUUAAAUUUUCGAUCUCCACCUCUGUCAGAUAUGGUAAGAAUUGGAUUUGGAGAGCGUCGUUGUAAUCGUUUUCGGCUUGGACGUAAUUGGGAGAGUAAAUUAUUGAAAGCGUAUGAGGGAAAAGAUUUCUUUGGAGGAUAUGUCUUAUCGUUAACAGCCAAAAAAUGCAAGUUAAGAAAUGUACUUUACCCGUAUGGAGAAUCCACCAACGAUAUGCGAUUUGACCAUGUCGAGGAAGAAGCUUUAGUUAUCAGCCUUUCACGGCCGUUUCUAAUGUUUUCCAAUCAAGUUCUCAAGUUCCUGUUACAUCAACAUGGCUUUAUCUCUGCAAUACGCCCUGCUAAAGAAUUUGCGACUAUCUCCACCCUUCUUGCAAUUUAUUACAAGCCGUUCCAGUUGAACAUAUAUAACGGAGGAGCUAUUUACUUCAGAGAAAGCUUCAACCAGGCCGACUUGGAUGCUGUCAACGAAGACAUCGCUCGAUAUAAUAAUCAUCGCAAUUUUAGCGCACGUAAUGUUAUUGUUGUUAGUUACGUUAACAUAGCAACUGAACAGAAGCCAUCGAGAGGAAACACGUUUCAAGCUGUGCUAGCAACAGACGGCUACGAAACCUAUGCCAUAUUAAAUUAUCAAAGUCUCGAUUCUGCUUUUGCUUAUGUUGCAUACUAUGAACUUGCUUGUGGAAGUAAGUUGUUCGCGAGCAUUUUAAACAGUAGGAAAUUGCAAAAACAGACAAAUGUCGGGAUACAAGGAAGACAUGUGCACUUACUAACUUCCAAAAACUGCUCUCGAGCUGUAUUUUAUCCUUACGGAAAAGAAAAUGGUGACCGUACGAUGAUGCGUGGGGAUAAUUACGCUGAAUUGUUAGAACUCAAAAAUCCAAUUAACUUGCAUUCAGGCUUUGUAAAUAGCCUUUAUAUUACAACAAACGGUUUGAUCACCCCAUCAGGGAAUAUAACACACAAGGUGGACUACAAUCGGUAUUUUAAGUACCGUCACACAAUUAUAGCUCCCUACCACCUUGAUCUCGAUACAACGUUAGAAGGUGACAUCUACUACCGGGAAGUAUUUGAAGAUAAAGUAAUGCAAAUGAUUGAAGAUGAUCUAAAAAAUGUUUCCGAAGCCAUUCAGAAUGCUGUAGUAAUAACCUACAUUAAUGUUCCCUUGCAUAACAAUCCAAAGUUAAAACACACGUUUCAAGUGACACUUGCUCAAAACAUAUUCAACCGCACAUUCCUUAUUCUGAAAUAUUAUCGACUCGAUAGUUCUGGUGCGUUAACGUUAUAUUCAGAACAACCUUGGAAAGUGAUCGAGUUCUCUGAAUUACACGAUCGCACAAGGAGUGAUUUUCUUACUGGCAAUACCAAUACCAACAUUCUUGGUCAGUACAUCUUCCAGUUGUCAGAUGCAAUGAACGCGACUUCGAAUGUCAAAAGAAACGUUGCCAAUUCUACAUUUCAUCAAAACAUCACGAAACCAGAAAAUUUACGAGUCACUUCAAGAGAUGAAGAUUCAGUCAAAAUUCAAUGGGAUAAUACAUUAAAUGAAGAAGUUCAGAUAAUGUUGGGCACACUUGGUAAAUGGGAGAUUGAAUGGUUAUCGCCAUGCAAGAGUCCAGAUUCAUUUCGAAUUGAAGAUCUCUGGCUCAACAGAUCUUAUCACAUUGAAGUGAUGUAUAAAUCACAAGGUUUUGUAGCAGAACUUGAUGAUGUUUCGCCGAUUAAAAUUCAGAGGGUCAUUAAUAACAACUCAAAGACAGAUAUGAUCACUGCGUUUUCAGUUGUAGUGACAGUUGCCAUAAUAGCCAUCUUUUUGUCUGUUUACUGUUAUCGAAGAAAAAUGAAGAAAAAGGUUAACCGUUUUCUACAAAGACAGACUACGAUGAAGCUGGAUCCUGAUCGAAGCAUAUUGGAACAAUGCAACAAUCUAAGUUACGAUGAUAACUUUGAGUUUCCAAGAAAAUCCAUCACUUUCGUACGUGUGUUGGGUGAAGGAGCUUUUGGUGAAGUCUGGAUGGCUACCGCAGUUGGAAUGGAGAACUUCCACCCAAGAAAAGGUGACAAAAAUACCCGCUUUCAACUGAGAAAUCCCUUUAAGAAGAGACGGAGACGAACAGUCGUUGCUGUGAAGAAAUUAAAAGAUGGUGCAACCGAUAUGGAGUAUAAGGACUUAGCAAACGAGCUUAAACUUCUAAUUCAUAUUGGUGAACACAGGAAUAUUGUCAAUCUUCUGGGAGCUUGCACAAGAGGAGAAAAUUUGUUUGUUAUCUUUGAAUACUGCUCGAAAGGUUCAUUACUUGAUCAUUUGCGCUUGAGAAGAGAUGAUUUUCAACCAUCGUGGGAGCGACUUUGUGAAAGUUUGACGUUGUUUCAAAUCACCUGGAUAUCUGUCCAAAUAGGAGAAGGAAUGAAUUUCCUGGAACAAAGAAAGUGCGUACAUCGAGACUUGGCAGCCAGGAAUAUCUUGUUAACAGAAGAUAUGAGUGUAAAGAUUGCAGAUUUUGGUUUAGCCAGGGGAACAAAUGGUAAAGAAUAUUAUCAGAAAGAGGAUGAGGGUUUAUUGCCAAUCAAAUGGAUGGCACCGGAAGCAAUAUUGUACCAAAAAUAUACAUCGAAGAGUGAUGUAUGGAGUUUCGGUGUUUUGCUUUGGGAAAUCUACACGCUGGGAUCCUCUCCGUAUCCUGCAAUCAAAAAUUCAGAGCUAAUGAAAUAUUUGCGUGAUGGUUCACGUAUGGAGAAACCUGAACAUUGUGCUACUGAGUUACAUGAUAUAAUGUUAAAAUGUUGGGCGGACCAACCUGAAAAAAGGCCAAGUUUCUUUGACCUUAGAAAUGAAAUUGAUCAGGUGUUGACAAGUCAUUCGCAGAGUUUUUUCAGCGCUCAAUCCAUUGGAAAGGUCUACAAGUUGCUACCAUGGGACAAUGCAGGGUCAACAGAUUGCGAUCAAAUUCCACGGAAUAAUCAUUACUCACAAGAACAUAGCUUCACUGGAAUUGAAGAAGAGAACUACUUAGAUUUCACUGACUAUCACAACGAUCCUAGUGAAGAAAGAUCCUUUCCAAAUCAACCGAAGAAAGAUUUUGAAGUUGCGGAUGACGAUGAAGAAGAAAACUAUGAAUUUCUUGAUUUAGAAAACACAGGAGAGGUUUUAAAUCAGUUUGUCGAUCAAGAAACACAAACAUGUGGAGAAGUUAUUCAACACAGAAGAUUUUCCUGCUGAGAAUGAAAAAUUGAACAUAAAUAAUUGUUAUAAAGAUUUAAUGUUAGAAAUUUUUAAAAGAAGAAUUGGUAAUGUUAUAUGCAACUUGAUCUGGCACUUGAGUUGCUAAAAAUCUAAGGGGCUAAUCUUAUCAGUAAGAUGUACAAUUAAGAAAAUUAUUAAUAUUUAUUCUGGCUAAAAGAAGGAAAAAGAAUCGAUUAUAUAAUGGAAAAGGGGGACUAACUCCCUUAUGUGAUUUCGACAUAAUGUGUUUUAAAACUUUAACAUAAAUUGUUUCUUAUGUCCAAUAGGAUAUUAAUACAUUUUAUCAUAAACUGGUUGCUUACAUAAAAAAUACGUGUAACGUUCUGUU